AUUCAAUUCAAAUUCGGCUUCGGUGUGAAUUGCAUCUGAUUUCGUCCUGGCUAAUUUCUUUUUUCUUUUAUCUCUGAGAAAGAACUAUACUAAAGAAUGGACACAAUGGAAGGCAACAGCUCUACCAAAUCGUUCUCGUUUGAUAAUUACGACCAGCGAAUCACCAUAGCUACAGCCAUGAUCAUCUUCACAAUCAUUGGUACUAUUGGCAACACACUGGUAAUCGUCGCUGUCAUCCUAUCCCGACGACUCCGCUCCCCAACCAACUGGUUCAUCGUCAACUUGGCCUUUGCUGAUUUCUUCGCAUGCCUCACUUAUCCUUUCAAUGCCGUUGCAAUGCUGAGUCGUACUGGCUGGCCACUCCCGGACUGGAUCUGCACCCUCUGCGCCGCAAUGUUUUACAUCUGCCUUGGUGCCAGCGUCCUGACGUUGGUCGCCAUCGCCUUCAAUCGUUAUUACCUGCUGACGAAACCGAUCGCACAGUUCAGGAAAUUAUUCAUACCGAGGAACAUUGUCUUCAUGAUGACUGCUUCUUGGGCGUAUCCUUCGAUAUUGGUCUUGGUGCCAUACUCUGCUGGUGUGGUAAAAUUGGGCUACUCUGAAAAGUACAAGACCUGCUCGCAAGAUAAUCUAUUUCUUUCCAAGAUCCCAGGCUUUCACAGUCUACUCACCGGAGCUGGCGUACUCUUCCCCGCCUCUUUUGUUAUUGUUGUCAUCUAUGCCAGAAUUUACUUCUUCGUAUCCAAACACGCGUCGGCCAUGUCAAAAACCCGUCGAAGUGCAAAGAUCAACCUGGAGAUGAGUUCCUCCAAGUUUUCUUCUAUCAAACCAACCAGUACGACCGAUGCCUUGAGCCAUUCCACUUGGGAAUCUAGUACAAGCCAGGCAAUCGAAGCAAGUAAUGCCACUGCUGGCGACAUCGAAAGUUCUGGAAAGGUCCCAAAUGAAUCGAAAUCUGAGAACGGGUCCAAGAUCCCAUACAAACCUGGCGCUGAUCUACCGAGAGCUCCAAGCAAAAUCCCACGAAAAAGUGAAAGAGUCAAGAAAGAAAGCCGCAUCGACCGUUACCAAGUAACCGUCAUCAACAGACUGGCCGUUGUAAUCAUAGCCUUCUUCAUCUGCGUGCUACCGUGUGCCAUCAGUUGCAUACUUCCCCAUACCGAUCCGGCUGCACCUUGGACCUCGCUACUCAAGACUUUCAACAGCUGUAUAAAUCCACUCAUCUACGCCAGGACAAUGCCGGAGUUCCGCAGGGUGAUGAGAGCCAUCGUCCGUUGUCGCUUUCACGAGAUUCCAGAGCCAAUUUCAUGCAUUCGUCGUCAGAAUUAGGUCGGCGUUACUGCAAAUUAUGAGACGCGUCACGCCUUCGCAGCGCCGUGAACUCCUUGUAUGUUUUGUAAAUAUGCAUCAAACUAAUUUGUAACACCUAUCAGAUGUGUAAUAACUUGAUUUUGAGAAGCAGAAAGACAUAAAUAAAAUUUACAACGUAACCAAGAAGUAUAAUUGAUGGUUACACUAUUAUUUUAUUGAUGGAAUACGCAUCCCUAUUGACAAGAUGAUUUAUGGGGCCAAGAUUGAACAGUGGCGUAGCUAGGAUUUUUUUCCUGGGGGCACUGGGGGGUCCUUGCAUUUUCAGGGGGGCACCAUUUUUUUCGGUGUAUGUGUAUGUGUCACAAGGGCGGGUCCGACUUUCGCCAAUAGGGGAUGGGGCCCGAAAAUAUCUUCACCUAUGUUUUCCCUGAUCAGUCACUUCUUAGUUUUAUUCUUAUAAAACAACAUAAACAUGAAAUAAUCUCAUAAGCCUUAAGAAAGUGCGA